ACCCUCUAGGGGGCAGCAGCAGCCUUCUCCCACCUUUCGCGGUCCGGAGAAAAUAUCGUUUUCCCCGCAUGGCUUAGUUGUCUUCGGAAAAGCCGACGAGACAUGCGGGGACUACUGCUCGAUGAGCACCGCAUUAGGCAUGCAGCCUCGCGGUUCGCACUUCGCGAUUACCACGAGCACCACUACUUGGACACCGACUGCUGGAGGCUGCAACAACCUGUCAAUUGCAAAGAUCUGCUCAUUAAUAAUUCCCUACAGCUCAAUAUCCAAGUAUUAGAUGAAGGUGCUAAGGAUUUCGAUCCCAACGAAACAUCCACGGUUGUACCACUAGUUGAGGAAGAGGAUGGCGUAAAGAUCUUAUAUCAGACUGUGGUGCCCGUGAUGCUGACUGCCUGUUUCUUGUCCAUGACGUUCAAUUUGGUGAUCGUCUUCAGUGUUCGGUGGGUGCGAAGACUGUCACCAACUCUGUAUUUGAGCUUGUCACUUGCGGUUGCCGAUGCAUAUGCCUCUUUGGUGAUUGGGAUUGGACUUGUCAUCAACAGCUUGUUGCCAAACGUCUUUGGAACGAAUCUAGGACUUUUUAGCCAUUGCUAUAUAUUAGUUCUCGAAGCUUUUCGAUUAGGUGGGAUUGUUAUCAUUGUUCUGCACUUGUUGGCUUUGGCUGUUAAUCAUUAUAUAGGGAUACUGAAACCAUUACAUUAUGCUGCCACGGUUACCAGAAAAACAGCCAUUUUUGCAAUUGUGGGUAUGUGGGUGAUGCCUGUGGUGUUCUUCCUUUCAUACUUCUCCCUUGUCCCCAAUGAUGGCUUCCAGUCACAGUACUGUUCAAGAGUAGAUUUUCUCCUGCGUAUGCCUUUCCGUGCCACAACUUCGGUGCUAUUUUUCGUUCCUCUUGUCCUGAUGUGUGGAAUGUAUACGCAUAUGUUCAUUUUGGUGCGAAAACAUCAGAGAGGCCUACUCCAGUCUCCCUCCAGCAGGCAGCUGCAUAAAAACGUCAAGGCUACUAUCACGACCCUGUUGAUCUUGGGAACUUACAUUCUUGGUUGGAUGCCCGCUGUCCUGUAUUUCGUUCUCACCUGCCUGGACUGCCCAAUGCCGUAUCCAGAAAUCCCUCUGUGGAUUCGAAUUCCGACUGGGAUUUUCAUCAACUCCAUGAUUGUGUUGAAAUCGUUUGUAGAUCCGGUAAUUUAUGUUAUUCGAAUGCCAGAAAUUAAGAACGCUAUGGGAGCUAUUUGGAGGACUCGUUGUGGCGUGCAAACACCAAUAGCCACAGAAAUCCCGUUGCAUUCCAGGACAGAUAUUCACCGUGUUACCUUUCAUUUGGUUUCCAGAAGGACCAAAGUAAACGGCGUUUCACCUUGUUGAUUUUCUAAGUCAAAUAAGUUUUAUUUUUUUCAUGGUUUUAGAUAAUUAAUCUCUGCAAAAUUUAUUAUGAGUGUUUAAAAGUUGUAAUUGCCCCCAAACUUACAAUUUCUUCGUAAUUUAACUUUUCAAUUGUAAUUGACUAAACUAUAUAUGAAUGUUUUUGGUGUUCAAGCAAGAAAUUAUAUAAAUGUACUUCUUGGAAACUAAGAAAACUCUAACCUAUUGCUCAUGUAAUAAUAAUAGUUUGAAGAUUUGAUUUAUUAAAAUAAUAAUUAAAUAUAUAUAUAUAUUAAUAUUUUUAUAUGUUAGAUCAGUAGUUUAAACUGAUUUUUCUGAUAUUUUCAUUGGUGUAAUUAAAUUUGAUGUAACUGAUUUUUAGACGUUUUGCUAAAUACAUUUGAACACUUGAUUAAAAAUAUUUCAUUACAUUUUUUUGCAUGCAUUAGAAGCAGUACUAUAAUAAUGUAAUCUUCUUAAUUGUAGAUAAAUGUUUUGUUCUGUUGAUAUCAAUGGUAUGAAACAUUUAUUUCUUAGGUUAGAUAGACUUCUUAAAAAUAUCAUCUCAUUUAAGGCACAUCAAUUAUUGCAAGUACUUCUUUUUUAUUUGAUGCCAUAUAAUAAUUAAAGUUAAAGAAAUUAUCUCAAAAGAGUCUCUAACGUUAAAUUAACAAUCUGAUAAUUUAUUGACAUUUCAUAUAUUUGAUGUAUUUUUAAAUUUAAAAAGAUAUGAAAUGUCUCGUAAUAUGAAUUUUAAUAUAAAUUAUAUUAGAAUUUGAUCUCAUCUUUAUAGAAAGAAAAUAAUUUCAUUCUUUUAUUUCGAAGCGCUAUAUUCAGAUGAAAAUUGCUGAUGAAAUAAAAAUGUAAAAUAACGGCAACAGUAUGAUGAAUGAAAAAUACUGUUAAGGUAUCUGGGCCAUAUGAUUGUAAAUAAUGUAAAUGCGCUAAAUGCUUUAUUAUGUUUAUUUAAUUAUUAUUGCAGAGUAUUCAAAUUGAAGAAAAGUACCACAUUCAAUAAGAUGAAAACAUCAUAGGAGAACGUAGUAAUAAUGCAAAUGGUAUUUAUUUUGAACUAUCAUUUGGCAGCGGGUGUUUUCUUUUAAAUAAAGGAAUUAAUACUAAUAGUUUGUUUUGGAACAAUUAAAACAGUUAGUCAUUUAAAAAAUAUCUGACACUAAAGAAAAUUCUGAUUUAUAUCCCUUGUUGUUUGUUAAAACUUGUUUGAACCACAGUGUGAUUUAAGAAACUGCUGGGGGAAAUCGAAUUACAGAAUUAUAUAUAUAUAUAAUGCAUAUAUUAUGACAUAUAGAUGUUGAUAUUUUUUUCUAAUUAGAACAUAAAUAAUUCGAAAUUAAUUUAUCUGUUCCUUUUCUCGCAAUGAUAAAAAACAACAACAAACCAAAUCAAUUUAAAAGCAAGUAACGCAAGCAACAAAUUUUAUAUAAAAGUCUAACAUUUCAUUCUUUUCUUUCUCGAAUUUGAAACGGAAAUAAUUGUUAUAAACUAAAAUUAUAAAUAUAGUAAA